AAAGUCAAAGGCAAGGAGUUUGGAAGGAGAUCAAGAUCUGCAUACAAAGGAGAAACUUAGAAUCCAUUUCUAGCUACUUCAGUUUGCAGGAUUAAGCAGAAAAUAAUAGGAAGAACAGGCAAAGGAAUUGGGAUUAGCGGUAGGGUGACGGAGGAGAAGAAAGAGCGAUACCUUCAGGAAAGUCUGUUGAUGGGUUUUGCAGCUACCACUAUUGGAAAAUACCAGCUUGGUAAAACCAUUGGUGAAGGUACCUUUGCCAAGGUUAAACUGGCUUUGGACACAGUUACACGGCAGCAUGUUGCAGUCAAGAUCAUCGAUAAGCAGAUGGUCAUGGAAAACAAGUUAAUGGAACAGGUAAAGAGAGAGAUAAGUACAAUGAAGCUACUGCAUCACCCCAGCAUUGUCCGAAUUUACGAGGUUACUGCUACCAAGACCAAAAUCUACAUAAUAAUGGAAUAUGUGCCAGGAGGCCAACUCUCAGACAAGUUGUCAUAUAUCCAAAAAUUCGACGAACGAGAAGCUAGGAAAUACUUCCAGCAGUUGAUUGAUGCGGUGGACUACUGUCAUAGCAGGGGUGUUUAUCACAGAGAUCUGAAACCAGAAAACCUGCUGUUGGAUGGAAAAGGAAAUUUGAAAGUCUCAGACUUCGGACUCAGUGCCUUGCGGAAGGUAAUUGCCUACAAGAAGUACGAUGGAGCAUCUGCAGAUAUUUGGUCAUGUGGAGUAAUCUUGUUCGAAUUACUUGCUGGUCGUCUACCCUUUGAUGACCGAAACCUAAUGAACUUAUACAGAAAGAUAUCCAGAACUGAGUACACAUGUCCAGAGUGGUUUACAGCAAGCCAAAGGAAACUACUUUUCAGGAUCCUUGAGCCAAUGCCUAAACGGCGGAUGACAGUAGCAGAGAUUCUACAAGAUGAGUGGUUCCAAACUAGCUAUGAGCCUUCUGGAGGAAUUGAAUACGAAAUCAGCUUGGCUAAUGUUGCAGCAUUUGAUGGGAUUGGUGUAAGGAAGAACCAAAGAGGGAUGCCCAAAUCCUCAAGUUUCAUCAAUGCUUUCCAGCUUAUAGCAAUGUCUAGUGACCUUGAUUUGUCGGGUCUCUUUGAAAAUCAGGAUGAGGACAAACAGAGAACAAGGUUUGGUUCCAAGCAUCCAAUUAAUGAGACCAUAGAGAAAAUUGAAGUUGCUGCAAAAGAUGUCAGUCUCUCAGUUGAAAGAAUGAACAUUUCAAAGCAGUUCUUCGAAUUUCAGGUGAAAAUUCAUCAGAAACAAAAGUUGAUGAGUUGUCCUAGAUCAUAUUUCAACCUAUCAGCUGAGGUGAUCGAGGUGACACCCACACAUUGUGUGAUACAAAUAUCAAAAUCCGCAGGGGAGCUCCGAGUGUACAAUGAGUUCUGCAAAAGCUUAUCAAAUCUGCUGAUCGAGAACUCCAGUGAAAGAUCCGAAUCAAAUAUGCCCAGCGCAACCAUUAUUGAUGAUCGUAAACAGAGUGAAUGUAGUUCAGAAUGGGAAGAGAACAAGAAGGAUGAAGAACCUUGUGGCUACAAUACCUCCUGACAAACUGGUCUCUCUUCAGCUCAAUCCUUACUGAUUAUGAUUCCAGACAGUUCAUAGAAAACAAAGAUGUAUAUUGCAUAGCGGCGGAACAACCCAUUCUUCAAAUUAGAGCAUUGAAGCAACAUGAGAGAGAGAAUACUAAGGAUGGCUAUACGUAUUCAAGAUCGAGAUUCUUUUUUUAUUAAACCAAAGGAAGCUGUUUGCAUAGUUCUUCGCUUGCUCCUAUAAUUUUGACAUCUUGUAAA